UCGAUUUCAGUUUCCACAUGCAUCUAUUCACAAAUCUGCGGCGUUGAACGGCAGCAAAGUCACCACGCGGCGGAUUGAUCACCUCGUCUGUCAGUUUGGAGCAACUUGUUGCGCAGCUGCUAUUUCUAAGCUCCUCUGUGGUCCAGUGCUGCGGGGGGACAGGAGCUGCUCUUACUCAGCAGCACACAGGCGCACAGGCGCUGCUCUGUUUUGAGCUUCAUCGGUGAUUUUUCCUGUGAGGAAAGAGGAAUGGAUAAAGCGGUGGCUUUAAGAACAAGGCUAUAAGAAGAUGAAGCUUUGGUGUGGAUUUUCAUAAAGUCCUGUAGCCUGCAGUGAAUUUUCCAGUCUCUUUAAUAUGAUCUCAGAGACAGGUGAUGCGAGUCAUGAGCUGGACGCGUCCUUGCCACGGACUAGACUGGAGCCACAGCUUCCUCUACCUGACUUUACUCCUGUGGAGCAGGCGUGUGAGUGGACUGGCUGACUUCUCAAACUACCUGUCCAGGAUCAUCACCAGCCACUCUGCUCAGGCAUGUGACGGACAGCCUCUGCGUCUCCACUGUCCACGUCACUCCACCAUCUCCAUCCAGUCUGCCUUCUACGGGAGUGGUGAUGCACGUCUGUGCAGCGCAGACCUAGACCCUUCGCUCAGAGCCGGCAACCACAGCUGUUCAGCUUUUACUGCUCUACAG